CUCUCCCUCCUUCUUCUGCAACAAAGAAACAAAGAAAAGCAAGAGAUCACUCUCCUGCUCCAUCAAUUCCUCUCUAUCUGCUUCUUUUGCAACAAAAGAUGAGAUAAAAAGCAGAAGGAGAAGAAGUAGAACUGCUUGAUGCGCCUCCACGUUCCUUCCUUUUGCCAUUAAUCCAUCUUCUUCAUCUGUUGUCGCUGCUCUUCUUUUGCUUCUUCUCUGUUGGCUGGAGGGGAUGCAUUACUCGGCGGAGUCGUGGGAGACAUACGUGCCGGCCGUGCAGGUGGCUGCGGCGAUGGUGGCGGGUGGCGGGAGAGGGGAAGCGCUGGAGAGUGUGGAGAGGCUGGCGUCGAGGAGCGCGGUGGUCAUCUUCAGCGUCAGUUCCUGCUGCAUGUGCCACGCCAUAAAGAGCCUGUUCUGCGGCAUGGGGGUCAACCCCGCCGUUUACGAGCUGGAUGAGGACCCGAGGGGAAAGGAGAUAGAGAAGGCGUUGGCCAGGCUGCUGGGCACCACCCAGCCCCUCCCGGCCGUUUUCAUCGGCGGCAAGCUCGUCGGUGCCAUGGACCGGGUGAUGGCCUCCCACAUCAAUGGCAGCCUUGUUCCCCUGUUGAAGCAGGCCGGCGCCCUCUGGCUCUGACUUCUGACGGAGAAAGUAGCCAUAUAGAAAAAAGAAUGGGUGCUGCCUUUUACUCCAUAUUUUGGUGACAUGAUCAAGGAGUUUCUGUAGAUUGAUAGAGAAAGAGGAGAAGGAGAGAAAGCGUGACGUUAGGAGAGACUGGAUGGUUUAUCCUCUUCCUUCCCUAACUCCAUUUUGAACGCUGCGGUUCUCUCUUUCUCUCUUUAAGGUCCCUUGCUUUUCCUUUUCAAACUUUGGUCAUAGCUUGUUCGUUCUUUCUUCCCUUUAGUUUUUUCUUUCUUGUUCUUUUCCUUUCGUUCUUUCCUCGGGGUGCAUGCAUGGCGUCGGUUUCUUGUCGUUAGACCGGGAAAGGAGGAAAUGUAAUUGGUGGCGGAGGAGGAAGGCCGACUUUUUGUACAGAGCAAAAUACGUCAAUUUUCAUGAUACUUUCUUUGCUGA